AUGGGACACCCACCCCGGCUUAUGUCCACGGGUAUAAUCGCCGCAUUUUUAACAUGUUCCUUCACUACUGCCUUCGCAGAUCAAUGCAUGGUUGGAUGUCAUGGAAUGCAAACGAGUAAAGCUUACGCAGAGGGACACACAUACAGAUAUGAAUACGAAGGAACGUCGGUAACGUCAGUUAGUGAAGUUGAAGGCGACACGAAUGUAAAACUCAACGCAUUAGUUGAAUUAAUCGUCAAGCCAGACUGUAUUCAUCAAUUGAGACUGAAAAAUGUCCGCGUUAACGGUGCUCCGGCACCGCAAAAAGACGUGGAGAACCACGCUUUCCAGUUCAAUUACCACGAUGGACAUAUUGACACGAGUGUUUGCACGGAACCUGAAGACUCUCAAGCUUCGCUUAACAUCAAGCGUGCGAUUGCUUCGCUGUUUCAAUCCGCCGUUAUGCAGGACUCUGGUGUUACGACACAUAGGGAAACCGAUAUAUUCGGGACAUGCCAGACCGACUUUGAGUUCCGCCGUGAGGGCGAAUCCACAAUUGUCCGCAAGUACAAGAACUUCAGCAAGUGUUCGCACCGCGAGCAUAUUCGUCACGCAUUAAUUAACGCGGUCUACGACGAAUCAUCAGACAUAAAAGCAUCUCCAGUUCUUGAUUCCACCCAGCAUGUUGAGCAGAUCUUCAAGAAAGGAGUUCUCCAGUCGGCCAAAUCAGAGGAAACUUAUAAGUACCGUCCAUUUUCUAACGGAGAUGCUGGAGCAAAGACUCAUGUCGUUUCAACCCUAACCUUUAAGUCUGACAACGCCAAUCCAGGCUCACCUGGCCCAGUAUCUCGUCCCAAGUCGAUAAUAUUCGAAAAUCCUCAUCCAGUUUCUGAGUCAUCGUCACCUGAUGCGAUAAUGGCGGCGUUAAAAGCCGUAAAACAACAAGAAACUCCUGAAGGAGUCAAAAGUGGCGUUGCUGAGAAAUUCGGCGCACUGAUAAAAGUCCUGCGCAGAAGCUCAAAGGGCCACAUAUUGUCGGCUUACAAUAAAGUAAAGGCUGGAGUUGAUGGUUUUGACAAGAACACGGAUAAAAAAACUCUUCUAGAAGCUCUUUACCGCGCUGGAACUGGAGAUUCUGCGGAAGUUGUUAUUGAGUUGAUUAACAACAAAGAAAUAACUGGAAUUCCUUUGAUAGCUUACUACGCGAGUCUUGCACUGGUAAAUCACGUAAGUUUGCCAACUGUUGCUGCAGUAACGUCACUUUUAGAUCGCCCGAAACUCCCUCGUAUUGCAUAUUUGGGAGUUGGUCGCGUAAUUGGUAAAUACUGUCAGCAACAUGAUUGCGAAAACGCAGCUGAGGUGAAAGAAGCACUUGGGAAAAUUUCAAGCAAAUUGAGUAACUCAAAGCCCGGGAAUCGUGACCAGGAAAACGUUUUGAUUGCUGCAUUGAAGGCACUUCGUAAUGCUAACUAUCUAGAUGAACCGACCAUUGAAAAAGUAAUGUCCAUCGCUAAAGAUAAAGCAGUACAUCCACGAGUUCGUGUUGCUGCGAUUGAAGCGCUUACUGCUAAGUGUUCAAAGCAAUGGAUGAUGCCUUUGACUAAACUAUUCGGGGACAAAGAAGAGGACAGUGAAAUAAGAAUAAAAGCAUAUUUAACUUUAGUUGAAUGCCCGUGCCCGCAUGUCGCUAAUGAAUUGAAGGAAAUAAUUGACUCUGAAACAGUUAAUCAAGUUGGCUCUUUUGUGACAAGUCACCUGCGUAACUUACGUGCCAGCACUGAUCCAAACAAGCAGGACGCCAAGAGGCACUUCGGAGAGUUGAGACCGCGCUCUAAAUUCCCUGAGGACUUUCGUAAGUUUUCAUUCAAUCGUGAGUUCUCAUACAAUAUCGAUACACUUGGUAUUGGUUCUGUUGCUGAGCACAAUGUUAUUUACAGUCAAAAGAGUUUUGUACCUCGUUCAAGUAGUUUGAAUUUGAUCACUGAAUUAUUCGGACGGUCAUUUAACUUUUUGGAGAUUGAUGCACGUACUGAAAACUUGGACCGGCUAAUUGAGCACUACUUUGGACCCAAAGGUGUUCUCAAACACAAAGAAGUCGCUGGAUUAUUGGUUGACGGCAAGAAGCAGUUUGAUGAAACUUACGGCAAAUUAAAAGAUAAGGUUAACAAGGUUGCUCGCAAUCCUCGUAGUGUCAGUCAAGCUGAUUUAGACGAAUUUGCACGCAAAGCAAAACCUCAAGAGACUGAAGUUGAUGAAGAUUUGGAUCUUGAUCUCUCCAUCCGCAUGUUUGGCGUCGAGUUGGCUUACAUCGACAUGCAGGACAAAAGCAACCAUAAGGACUCCCAGCCAAUGUUGACCAGCUUGCUUGACUUUUUCGACCACCUAGUCAACGCAAUGAAAAACUCAAAUUACCACAACACGCACCAUAUCAAUUUCAUGGACAUGGACUUGGUUUAUCCGACAGGUUUGGGAUUCCCGCUGGUCGUUGGUGUUGAAGGAAACGUUGUCAGUCAGAUCAAGGCUAAUGGAAACAUCGACACGAAAGCUAUCCUGAGCGACCCAAAGAACGCGGUCAUAAAAAUUGGAAUGGAGCCUAGUGCAAACAUUGCAUUGGAAGCGAGUUUGAUGAUGGAAGUUUUUGGCUCUGAAUCAGGUCUGAAGAUUAUAAGCCGUAUGCACACUUCAACCGGCUCAGACUUCUCACUCAAAGUAUUGAACGGCAACGGCGUUGAGGUUAGCUUCGGUGUACCCAAGAAGAAGCAAGAGAUCAUCAACCUGUCCAGUCAAGUGUUCUUCGUUGACGGAAAAGGAAAUUUGAAGGCACCCAAAUUCUCAUCUGGAAAACAACACAGCGAUUGCUUCGACCAGUUGUCCCAAAUUUUAGGCGUUACUGUUUGUGGACACUUUUCGUAUCCUUAUGAUAGCAUUGAUGCAGUUCACAAGAAGCCUUUGUUCCCAUUGGGUGGUCCAGCCAAGUUUUUAAUCAGCAUUGAAAACAAUGAUGUCACCAGCUACAUGUUCAAGGCUUACUACGACAAGAGCAAGCCUAGCGAACGGUCAUUUGAGGUGACUUUUGAUACUCCUAAAAGCCGUACCAACAGGCGAGUUUCUUUGCGCAUCGACGGAGCUGACAAGCCCGAAGAGAAGUACAUCAAGGCUACCCUGGAGUCGCCGAUCAAGAAUAUCAAGGGAGAAAUAAAGUUGGAGAAUACUGACAAGAAGAAGGCGCUCUCCAUUAUGGUCAACCACGAUUCUGACGAGUAUCAUGCAACCGUAGGUCUUCAGGCUGAUGGUAGCAAGUACAAACCUAUUUUAGAGUACAAGGUACCAGAACACAUUGAGAAACUAGCUGGUGCGAAGGGAUCUUCUGGCAACAAGGCUGCUUAUCGAGUAGAAGGUGACAUUGGAGUGGAAGAUCAAGGAGAUGGUAAGAAAUACUCUUUCAAUCAAGUUGCUUUGAUCGCUUCCGACAAAAAACUGGUUGGCAUCGAUGGUUUCGUUGCCGUGAAGCCCAAUGCUCUUACUAUAGACACCAAAGCUUCGCACAAUGAUGAAAAUUUGAGCAUCAAAUUCGAUGGAAAACGAUCGCCCGAAGGUUUCGAUACGAAUUUCGCAGUUGUACCUUCCAAAAAUCCAAACAUUGGGUUCAAAGUAAUCUGGCACUAUGGCAAGACUAACAAUAUGAUCGAUCAUAACUUCGUAGUGACUUAUGGCGCAGACUUGGACUCAAAGACCAAUAGAUUUGCGAUUACCGAUCGCCUGGAGUACAAAAAGAACGACAAGCCAAGCCAUCCUUACGAUUACUUUACUUCUAUGAAAGGCAAGUCUGAGAUAACGUGGCCUGCGCAAGACGUUUCUGCUAAAUUUGAAAAUGAGAUUUCUCCUAAUAGUUUUGAAUCUGAGUUUGAUGUCAAGUAUGGCAAGUUCAAAAUUGGUGCUGAUGUUGAGGUAAAAUCUGAAAAAGACAUGCCUCAAAAUUGGGAAGCUGGAUUCGAAGCUUAUAUUAUGGACAACAAAGUCGCCCUUGAAGGUAAGCACAAGAAGCUAUCAGACUUCAAACACACAUUCGCAGGCAAACUAGAGCUCCCAGGAGGAAAAUACGAAGUUGAUGUGCAAUCUGAGUGCCAGAUGGAUCCGCAGAGCAAAAACAUCCAGUUUGUCGGAGACUUGAAGAUGAAUGGUAAGAGUUUCAAAGUCGAUUAUGGAUUAGCUGCUACUCCUUCGCAGAUAAACAACCACGCUGUCGUCUCGUUGGAUACUGCCAAGUACCUGGAUUACUUGUUGAACGUUCAGAUUGGGGCUAAAGCUUCAGGAAAGCUCAAUUUGAAUGUCAAGAACAUCAUCUUGGUCAAUGGUCAAUACAACUAUCAAAACGGCAAAGGAAACGGUAACUUUAAUAUCAAUCUGAUGACAAUCAACCGCAAGAUCAAGGGAACUGGAGAUGUAAGUGUUACAGGACCUCGCCACGUUGGCAACUUAGAGAUCAGCUUUGACGAUAAGGACCCCAACAAAUCAAUAAAAUUCUCAACUGACACAGAAUACGACAAGACAUCUGUAAAUUCGAAGAACACUAUUGACUUGUUUACUCAUAAGUAUGAAGUAAACGGCAAAGGACACUUUAAGCGAACUCCGCAAAAUGGCUACGACUUCAAGGGAGAUGGUCAGCUGACUCUACCUAAUGGAAGGUAUGUCGUUAUUGAAGGUAGCCAAGUUGCUGAUCGCACCACCGAGAAAUCUAAUAUCAAGGGUAACUACAACUUGAUGGAUUAUGAGAAGAAAGGAGGUGAACCCCGUAAGUUAGGUUAUGAAUUCAAUAUUGCACUUGUUGAACCCUUGAGACAUGAAUUUGAUUGCCAGCAUACCAUGCAAUUCAUGAACCGAGAUGGAAAGGACAUCAAUAUGUUUGUCAGUACCAAGUACGCGGAAUCUAAGGACAACAAACACCACAGCGAUAUCAAGGUCAAUCUUAAGGGCGCUUACAUGGUGAAGCCUUUCGACUUUGACUUGAGUACCAAGUACUCUGACGGGAAAAACAACGUGCCUGGAAUUAAUGGAUCAUGGAAACUGGACUCUUCAUUGGGCAGCGACUUGUCCUUCAAGGGCACUGGAGACUACCAUCACAGCGAAGGACCAACGGAUCCAAAUGUCGUGAAGAUUGACCUGGCUUUUGUCUUCCCUAGUGAGAAGUUGCGUAACUUGAAGUACAGCAAGAUGCACAGUAUUUUGCUGCCUAGUGAGUCGGAAGGCAACGACAAACUGGACUACAAGAGUAGGUAUGCACUGACUUACAAUGAUGACAAGAGUAUCAAGGCUGAAGUUGCUGUUAGUCAGACUGGAGUCAAGCCUGGAAGUGUCAAAGAAGGCAAAGGACAUGUUUCACUGACUGUUCUGACUUAUCCACCGCUGAUAAUCGAAACUUCUUUCAAACACGACCCGACUGGAGAAAUCAAGAAGGGCUCAGGUACUGUAGCUGUCAAUUAUGGAGAUUCCAAGACCUCAGGAGAGUUGGCUACUGCGUACAAACCAGAUAUGAGUAGUGUUAAGAUUACUGCUAAGGCUCUAGUGCCGAUGGAAAAGGUCCAUGCCAUUGAAUUUGGCCUUGAGCAUAAACGCGAGAAAGAUGGCCCAUGGAACAACGACAUUUACGUUAAGACGGAUGAUAAUAAAUACGAAAUGAAGAGCGAGUUUGAAAUGAACCCUGCUUUGCAUCAUGCCCAUGUUAUCUUCACUUGUCCGAACAGUAAAAUUGAAUUGGCGGCUAAGGUCAAUAAGCUCAGUGAGACUGAAUACAAAGGAGAAUGGAAGAUUGAUUCAACUGGCUUUACUAAAGGAUUCGCAACUGCUGAUGGUCAUGUUAAGUUUGAUAACAUGGAUAGCUUCAUCAUCGAAAUCAACUUCGAUAGUGACAAGAUUCAACAUCGUAAGAUUCAUGCUGAAAUCACUACAGCACCCGCCGUCAAGACUGGCAAGAGGAUUCUUCUCACUGUCACCAGUGAUGGAAAGAAUAUUGUUACUGGAAGUACAAACUACAACAGACGUGACGAAGCAGGCACGGUGAUCGUCGAGGGCAAUGGAAACUUACAAAUCGGUGAGAAUGAACGUAGCUCCAAAUUUACUUACUCACGCAAACAAUUGACACGUGAAAAUGAUGGACAAGUGGGUACUGCUAUUCUUCUUAACGCCAAUUUCGGACCCUCGGCUGUGGUGGGUGAGCUCAAGCUGUCCGACAAGGAAAUUCUUGUGUUCAACAGCUACUGCGAGCAGAGCAAAGACUGCGCACACUUUAAAUUACAAUCUACGAUGGACACUGAUCAAAAAACACGUUUAGAUCACCAAAUAACCGUGGAAGUUGACCUUAAGAAAUUCAAAGUACCAGUUGAGUUUGGCUUGAAGACAACCACCAAAUACUUUGCUGAAAAAAUGACUUUUGACCACACAGCCAACCUUUAUCUUCACACUUCCAAAGACAAGACCCAAUACUCGUCACAAAUUUACUCUCACCCCAAAGAAUCGGCGAUAAUAUUGACUCUUCCAAGCCGCGAGUUAGCUUUGAUUGCUACUAUUGAUGUUCCCAAGUCUAAAACGCCUAUGGGUCCAUACAAAAUUGAUAUCUCAGCGUAUCUAGACCGUAAGAAUCACCCAAAUGACAAGACUAGCUUCGUAGCCAACGGUGAUAUUAAUGUUGAGAAGAAUUCUGCUACUAUUGCUGGUGACGCUAAAUUUAUUUACCCAUCUCAACCUAAGGAAAUGAUGGUGAAAGGAAAACUCCAUUACGGAGGCGAACAUUUGCUAGACGCAAAUGUAGACAUCGACGUCUUCGCGAAGAAAGCUCAAAAAAUAACAAUAGUAACUCAUUUAGUCAAACACGAAAUCCCGAAAGGCUACAACAUAACUGGAGAGUUUGAAUUUGGAAGCCGUGGUCAGCAGCUGAAGGUAGACCUUAAGCAACACUUUGCCUUCUCCACCACUGAAUUAGGCUUCGGUUCCUUCCUGGCAUACACUGACAUCAACCAAAAGCCGCGUAACAUCGGAACUCUCUUCUCGAUGAACCUCCACGAAGCCCACUUCCUGAUCCAGGGCCCAGGGAAAGAGCUCCUGAAGACUGACACGAUCAUGGAAUUCUCCAAGAAUCUCCAAAAAAUUGAGACCGAGUUCUCUCUGCUCAGCAACCCUCCCGUAGUUGUUAGCUUCGAGGCCCACGACUUCAAUAGCUUCAAGUACCAGAGCUACCAGAAAGACAAGCCAGACACCAAAUUGUCGAUAAAUGGACGCCUGGUCCUUGGACAAGUAGCAGAGUACCAUGCAGACUUCUACAAGAACGGCGAAAAAAAGAAUUUAUUCAGCAUCGGGGUCUUCUUGGAUGACAGCAGGUUCCUUAAGCCAACCUUCAACUACCAGAAAGACAACGUAGCGAUGACAGUAGAUUUCUACCGAGAGUUGUCGGUGAAACGCGUCGAGCAAUUAAAGGAAGUCUUCAUAGCACUGAUCGACGAAGCCAAUAUAGAAUUCCGUGAUCUGUUCGAGCACUUGAAGAAAGCACAACCAAACUGGAAGCCCGUGCUAGACUACUACCAAGGAGAGCUCGAUAAACUCAAGCAGGAGUUGAAUGCUGACACCACUGUCAAAGAGAUUCAAGCGACUUUGAACAAAGUUUUUGGUGGCCUAAUUAACGCCGUCACUCAAGUAGUUACUCAAUUCAUGAAGCGCGCUACAGAGUUGAGCAAACAGGUCCACGAAAUCGCAGAUAAAAUAAAUGACGCUUUGAAAGCUAUCUACCCGCGAAUCAAGAAGUCUUUCGACCAAGUUUUGCACGCAGGUAUAGAGAUAACAGACGCCGCUUCUAAGCUAGCUGCUACUUACAUCAAGGCCAUUUUUGACAUCAUUAACCAACAUCAGAAAGAAAUCAAAGACAUCAUUGGUAUGGUUAGCGAAUUAGUGCAUGAUAUUGUUAAAAUUGCAAUGAAGGGAUACGGACAAAUCGAAAAUGAGGUCAAGAGUUUUAUUAAACUGACGACACAGCAGAUCCAAGCGCUGCCGGUCUACGAAAUGUUGAAGGAGAAGUACCAGGAGUUGAUGAGUUUCAAGGUACCUGAUGCGAUUUUGAUGCCCAUUGAAGAAGCGUUCACCCAGAUCAAACGAUUGUUGCCCACUGAAGAGCUCAAACAGUUCUUCACUGUUCUUUAUAACUACAUUAUGAAGCAUGUUAAGCACCAGAAAGUCGACGAUGGAACUGAAAUCAAGAAUAUCUAUGGACAUGCCGUAGAAGCUACUUACUCGAUCAUAACUCUAUUGAAAAAUCGUGGAAAUGCCGAUCACUUCUACGAAAUCUUCGAUGUUAGACUACCAAGUCAUCUAGGUUACGUUAAAGACCUGCCCGGUGUACCGAUCUUGAGGGUGUCAGUCCUCAAUUUGAUUCGUAAUCAUGAAUUGCCAAGCAUUUAUGACAUUUACCACGCGUACCGUCCGACCUUCUAUCCCAGUGACAUUAUACCGCCGUUUAGUAAGACCGGUAUUGUCGUUGAGGGUGGUCACUUCUUUACUUUUGAUGGUAGUCAUCUUACCUUGGCUGGUACUUGCGACUACGUUUUGGCCCAGGAUGUUCACGAUGGAAACUUUUCGGUUGUUGGUACUUUCAACAGUGGUAAACUUGUCAGUGUUACUGUUACUGCUCCGGGUGAAAGUAUUACGCUCAAGAAUAACGGCAAUAUUUUGGUUGAUAAUAAACCAGCAGAAUACCCAGCGAGUACCAAGAACUUACAUGCAUUCCUUACGCUUCCAAUUGUUAACGUUAAAUCAGAUUACGGUGUUCAUGUCGCAUGUAGCCAGAAGGCACCAAUGAUUUGCAGCGUACGAGUAUCUGGAUUCUACCAUGGUAAAUUGCGUGGUAUAUUUGGUGACGCUGAUAACGAACCUUAUGAUGAUUUCACUCUACCUUCCGGCCACAUAACGAAGAAGGAGGAUGAGUUCGGUAACGCAUACAGAUUAAAUGCCGGGUGUGCAGCAGCACCAGCAGUAGACCACCACCACCAUCAAAGAAACCCCAAAUGUACAGAAUACUUUGCUGGGUCAUCCUCAAUGAGUUCUUGCUUUAAUUACGUAAAUCCGGGUAUUUAUCGGCAGGCGUGUGACCACGCAAUGAGCGCAGAAACACCACGUGCGGCUUGUUUAAUAUCCGCUGCUUACUACGCUGCUUGUCGUAAAGAACGAGUUUUCAUAUCGAUACCCGCCGACUGUGCUAGCUGCAAAGUUGGCAAAGAUGAGAUACCCAUUGGCAUUACUCACAGCGUUAAAAUACCCAAGAAGGAGGCAGACAUCGUUAUUGUUGUCGAACAGGACUCCAAAAAUGAAAAAGUUUACCACGAACUUAUUGUGCCGAUGAUUACAGACUUGAAAGCUGAAUUGACACAACAUGGAAUCACGGAUGUUCAUGUUGGACUGAUCGGAUACGGCGAGCACAUGAAGUGGCCUCAGCACUACACUACCGGUGGUAGCGUUAAUAUCGAUGGUGAUGUCAAGAAUAUAAACUUUAGCCCAAGUACACCGCUAAUAAGUCUGGAAGAGGCUAAAGAGGGUGAUGCAAAAACACGUCUCAAGUACGCUAAGCAGCGACUUGACAUUGAAUUGGGUACUUUUAAACUCACUGGUGCUUAUGAGGAAGCUAUUCAUUAUCCAUUCCGUGCGGGUGCCGUCAAGGUUGUCGUUGGUGUAAUCGCUUCUCCUUGUGAAAAGAGUCCGCUUCCUCUUUCGCUCCAACACUUGCGAUUAUUGAUGGGAGAAAAGAUUUACCGUGACUUAGGUCUAACUUAUUAUCACGUCGGCUUCCUCAAUGACAUCCUGGUGUCCGGUAAACCACAGAAAAACGUGGUAGGAUUUGAUGCCCAGUCUGGAUACACAUUCGCUGAUAGUAAGAAGAAACCACUGGACGGAAGUAUCGAAAAGAGUAACUUGGUUGUUACUAACAACGAUGUUUGCGCUGGAUUUGCUGUUUCUGCUGGAGGUGCUGCAUUCAGUUCAAACCACUUCUUGGAUGCAAAACCAAACCAGAAGAAACAAUUUACGCAGGUGAUGGCCCGUAGAUUAGCUGAGGGUAUAGCUAACAUAGAAUUACACGAAGACUGCGUGUGCAAACAGCGUUUUGGACUUGAUGGACACAGUUACUGUAAAAUUGUAGGCCGCAAAGAUAAACACACUAAAGGCUCUAAAAAAUAA